CUCCCAGUUCCCACUGCUCACCUCACUCACUCUCACUCCCCAACGAAAACACCUGUCCACGCUUUCUUCCCGACACGCCGAAUAGACCGCCAGCCACCCACACAUAUCCAAAGGGCCAAAAGCACCUGCGUCGGCGCCAUCAUCGCGACAAAACCCCGAGAGCUGCGGUGACUGUGAGCGAAGAAAGAAAGAAAGGAAGCAGGGACCGGAGAUAUCACAUUUAUCACCGGCUUCUUCUAUUCCUAGCUAGACCCAGGAAGGGAAAGGAACCGCACAUUCGGAAAGCAAACCCACGUCUACUAGCUGCUAUGGGAUCUGGUGCUGGAAGCUUCCUCAAGGUUCUUCUCAAGAACUUUGAUGUUCUUGCUGGGCCUGUUGUCAGUCUCCUUUAUCCUCUGUAAGUCAUCGUUACUUCUUUCCUUUUCGUGUGAAUCUCGAUUCCUUUGGUACGCUUCGAUCCGGGCUAUAGAGACCAAAUCUCAGAAUGAUGAUCGCCAAUGGCUCACCUAUUGGGUUCUCUACUCUAUGAUCACACUCUUGGAGCUCACCUUCGCAAGGGUUAUUGAAUGGAUACCCAUCUGGUCCUAUGUAAAGCUCAUUUUCACUUGCUGGUUGGUGCUACCGUACUUCAGUGGCGCUGCUUAUGUUUAUGAGCACUUUCUGAGGCCACUCUUCCUCAACCCGCAACAAACCAUAAACAUAUGGUAUGUCCCAAGGAAGAAGGACGUGUUCACUGAGAAAGAAGAUAUCCUGACUGCCGCCGAGAAAUACAUCCAAGAGCAUGGCACAGAGGCGUUUGAGACUCUCAUCCACAGGGAUAAAUCCAGGAGCACCACCGGUUACUCGAUAUUCGGCCAUCCUGAAGACGACUACAGAUAUUGAUUGUCCAAUUUGCACCACCUGAUACCCAGACCACGGGAGCUGUUAUCAAGCUGUAGUCCAGCUUAUUAGGUUUCUUAAAUCACUGUGUAAAUGUGGUGAUUUGGUAUUGUAGAGAGUAAUUAGCAGCGAACUCUGUGGGUUAAAUUAUAUGACCCUUUGCUUUCCGUAUCUGAACCUUGCGCACAUAAAUCAACUAAGAAGGCAGGGUGCUUGCUUGUCUCGGCCUCCCGACGCACUGUUGUGACCAAGGUUCAACCCGGGUUGGUCCGGAUCCCCCCUAAAAAAUGGGCCAUAGUAACCCUUUUGACUAUCAGCCCGGAAUUGGUCAAACCCGGCGAAAUCCGGGUGGUUCGCCCGUCCAAGUGGGUCAAAGGGUCGCUUCUCUUGAGGUGUCGUUUCAGGCUUUGCGCCGUCGUUUCGCUGGGAGAAGCAGAGCAGGGGUAUGGAAACGAAAGAAAACCCUACCUUUUCUUCUCGAUCUCCCGCUCUUGCAGCCGCUGUGUCUCCCGCAGCCGCUUGAUCCCAUCGCCGGGCAAGGGUGUGUAAGGAUCGUGCUUAAGGAAUCUGGCGAUAUGGAGAUGAA